GCUGAUUAUUACAAUCUAAUCACGAUUAGAUGAGAGCUAAACACAGAUUUCUGCCCCGACUGCCACUCACAGCCAGAGCCCGAGCGUGGUUUCCAGGGAAACUGGAAAUGUGAAGCUUCUCAACAGCUACAGCAGCCGCGGCUUAAAGAGCGACGGUCGCCUCAGACAGAUUCUUCUAGAGACAACCCAGCACAACAGUCAAGAGCGGGGAGAGAACGCCACACACUCCAGCGUCCAUCAACACCAAGUUUCGACCAUGUUUGACUUGAAUCUGGGAACGGGUCUUGCAGAGGCUUCAUCAGUUUGAUUUGAGUGCUCAGGAACAUCUGAGACAAAAUGGGAAGCCUGAGGGAUGAGACGCGGGGUUUUGGCAAAGAGGACGGAGAUCAUUCGCCAGAAGAUGGCGUGCCUGAGAGGCCCGUGGUGGGCACCAAUCAAGAAUCUGCUGGAGGAGUGUCGGGUCAGACGGAUUCGCUUCAUAAUACAAGCCAUGCUGAUGAUGAAAGCUUUGUGGAAACAACAGAUGAAUCACAAUCAGGGCGGGAUGUCGAGCACACCGAUGACGGAGAGGCUGAGAGGCUCCUCCACUGUGGAGACGAGACGAUUAAAAGCGUAUCUGAGGACAACACCUUGUUUCCUUUGCCAUCAACUGUGGAUCCCAAUGACCCAAACUCCCCUGCGCCUUUCGGGCAGCACCAUAUGCGCACUCAGGUCAGUCUGGAGGUGGUCCAAUGUCACUCAAUAGCCACCAGCCCUAUGACACCGCCUGAGGGAGGGAAUUCCUUCAUCUUCCCAAGCUCUUUGAGGAAAUCCGGCACCGGGGUGCACUCUGACGCUCAAGAUGCUGAACCGCAGGCGGGUCGACAAGUGGAGUUCUGCUCGGUGGCGACAUCCCCGAUGACGCCAAAGACGCCCUUCGCCACAGCUUUCCCAGUACUUACUGGGCGCGCACAGAUCACGGCUACGGCAAAGAGUCCGGCAGAAGCUCAGUCUGAUAUGGUCAUCAACUCGGAUGCUUCUCCGGAAAUCUCCGCCUGUUCUGCGGCUGCUGAGUCACAGUCGGAGGAUAGUAACCAGCAGUGUCAGCAACAAUGGAUGGGAAGUAUGGAUCAAGACAUUACAAUCCUAGUGACCCACUACGAUAACAAGGAGGCUUGUCAUCCUGUAACGCCAGAGAUGGUCAAGAUUGAGGAAAGUCAUGACACGGACGAGAAUGCCUCCGAAGGGCCUGAUCCGGGACAGAACACCACAAGCAUAAAACCUUCUCUUGGCAAAGUUCAAACCAGCGAAACAGAGGGAGAACAAACACCUUUACAUGUCAAGCUCAACAAAAUGGAGCAGGAAGCUGCACCGAAGUCUCCCAUUCCUGAAUCUCCUGCGCCUGUCGGCUUCCACAACAUCCGCACACAAGUGAGUCUGGAAGUGGUGCAGUGUCACUCAGUGGCCACCAGCCCUAUGACCCCACCUGAGGGCGAUCACGCCUUCCACUUCCCAAGUCCUAGUCGGGUUCAGAUUAAAGACGGAGAGAUGCAAGUCGGUCCACAACCGGAGUUUCGCUCUGUUGCUACAGCGCCGAUGACGCCCAGAACGCCCACCGUUACAACUUUCCCUGAGAUCGGAAAAGAGGCCGGCGUAGGAGAGAACGUUGGGGAGGAGGAGGGAGAAAAAGAAGCAACUGAGGAAGAGGAAAACGACUGCAAGGAGAAGAGCGAGGAGGUGGUGCAGGAGCACUUCAGACUUGAGCAUGAAACCAUGGCAACAAGUUCCCCGUCUCCCGGUUGCUAACAGGCUGCAUGGAUGGAGAUGGAUCUGAGAGUCAAGGCCCGAUAAGUAAAACUGAGCGGUCAUGUCGUGUGGGAUAUGAAAUACAAAUGGAUUUAAUGUAAAAGUCGGUGCAGCUUUUGUAUGUUUCCUCGUACUCUGCUUUUUUUUUAAUUUGGCACCAUUUUCCGACUUAUUUUGUGGAAAAGUGAGGCGCAAAAGCACAAUCAUAAACUUUAGUUACGCGAAUGUUUUCUGUCAUUCUCACUGCGAUAUUGGCCAGUGCUAGUUGUUUAACUGUUGAAUUAUUGUACCUUAAACAUAGUUACGUUUCUUUGAAUUGUUGGUCUUUGAUGUUUUUUGUGAAGACAAUUAGAAGCACAUCUAUGUUUGAGAAAUGUGUUUAUUCAUUUAUUGCACUUGUGAUACGUUCAUUUAGAUGUGACCAAAUCUUUUCUGUGCUCACGCUGCAUGAAGAUGCAAAACGUCAGUAAAAAAAAACAACAACAUACAUAUACAUCUUUUGUCAAGAUAAACAAUUGGGUGUCAUCCAGUGCAAUACAAUUUUGUUGUAUUGUGUUUUUAAAGAUGGCAUCGCAGUGUGCGUUGCUACUAUGACACACUUCAUUUCAAAGCAAAACAAGUUUUCCACAAAUCACUGCUUUAUGACAUAUGAACACAAAAUAAAGCCAUUGCAGUGUGC